CAGCUCACCUUUGUUAGCUUCUUCCGAUUUCAACGUUGUCUUUUUUAUCUUCUUCUUCAUAAAAUCAUCUACCAGAACGAAUUGAAUCGUCGGAGACCGUCGUACGUGGUCGUUGUGGAGAUGAGUUCGGCUCUACCUUUGAAGCUCUUGUUGCCUCUUACAACAACAUCACUACUACCUUCUCCGUUCCGAUCAGAUAACCCUAAUUUCCAUCGCCGUCGUUCCUCUUCCUCUACUUCGUGUUCUUCCCAAUCUCAUUCUCCUUCUCUGCUUUUCUCCGUUAGACGACGCCGAUCCAGAUCCUCCUCUCCCUCUAUUCCCAUGUGCUUUCCUGAACAAACGGGAGAUCGAGAAGACGUGGAUAGUUGGAUGAACAAAGAGGAAAAUGUGACUUGUAGGUUUGAAUCAGAUGAAGACACCACCACCGGACUCCGGAUUCCAACACAAGCUCAGGCUAUCGUUGAAGGACCUGGUUCAGUUGCUGUCUCGGAGCUACAGCCGGUCCCUGAUGUAGAUUAUAUACAAGAGCUGUUGGCUAUACAGCAACAAGGACCAAGAACAAUUGGCUUCUUUGGAACAAGAAAUAUGGGUUUCAUGCAUCAAGAGCUCAUUCAGAUUCUUAGCUAUGCCAUGGUUAUAACUAAAAACCAUAUCUACACAUCAGGUGCAGCUGGAACCAAUGCAGCUGUUAUAAGAGGUGCACUUAGAGCAGAGAGACCGGAGCUUCUUACGGUUAUCUUACCUCAAAGUUUGAAAAAACAACCUCCUGAGAGCCAGGAACUAUUGUCAAAAGUACAAAACGUGAUAGAAAAGCCUCACAACGACCAUUUACCAUUAUUAGAAGCCAGCAGGCUUUGUAACAUAGACAUCAUAUCACAAGUGCAACAAAUAAUCUGCUUUGCGUUUCAUGACAGUAAGCUUCUCAUGGAGACAUGUCAAGAAGCCAAAAAUCUCCGGAAGAUUGUUACUCUCUUCUACCUCGAUUGAUUGAUUUCAGUUUCCCACUUCAAACUCUUCUUCGUCUUCUUACUGUUUUGUUCAUCUUCCUCUUUGUAAAUUAGGAAUCGUCAUUUACACAUACACAACCUAUUCUUUGUCUUUCAUUCUAAAUUUUUUGAUUUGCUUUAUAGGAUCCCUCGAUCAUUUUUAAGACAGUUUGUGGUUAAAUUUCGUUACACUGGCUGAUA